CGGAAGUGGCAAUGAAAGUCGAUGGCAUCCUCUUCUGGUGGUUUUGAAGGACGUGAGAGUUCCUAUGCACUGGGGAUUUAGAGGACUCGAGUGGACGGCUGAGACGCGUUCGUGCAUGUGUGCAUGACGCUCAAGGAGAACACUUUAUUGCAUGAAUGAGGGCGCGGUGGGGCAUGGCGCGGAAGGAACUCGCGCCCCCAGCCUCUGCAAACGCUCCCACAUUCAUGACUAAGUUGGGGUAAGCGAGACGUUGAUGAUGGCUCCUGAGGCACGGAGAUCCUUCUGGACAGACAACUGCUGAGUCAAAAAAAAGAAUAUAAGAAAAAAAAGGGAAGAAAAUAGUGAUAAUAAUAAAAGAACAAGAACAAAAAAUGACAAACGAAACCUAAGUCACUCAUGUUACGGCUAGCUAUCAUAGAUCGUUACUUCGCUUAAGCAGUGAUGAUAUGAUAAAGAUGCAGAGUGUCCGUUGUAAGGGUUUAUUUAUAUCUGCUAAGAGUUGUUAUCUCAAAUACACGCUCUAGAGUUACUAAAGAACACAGCUGAGGGGUUUAUUUUCACGGUUUACAUCGAAGAGAGAGAGAAACCGGGAGGAAAACGGGCGCAUGUCACUGAGCUCGAUCGUAAUUCGGAUAAUAAGCAGUCUACUCAUGUGUCGCCUCUUUAACUGCCGUUGGACAGCCCUCGCUCCCUCAACCGGACUCGACAUGACCGUGGGCAGCGCCAGCGCGAGCAGCGCUCGGGUGGGCAGCAGGACCAGCAUGGGCAGCGGGCGAGGAGUGGCCGCCACGCCCCCCUCCAGCGGCGGCGGGCUGAGCGUGUGGGACGCCGCCGUGAGCGAGGCUCGACGGCGCCGCGCCGACCCGCUCAACGCCGAGGGCGAGAAGGCGCCGCGCGAGGCCACGCUCCUCGUCGUCGGCACUCGCGGCGCGGGGAAGACGACGCUGCUUCAGAGGUUCCUUGACCGCGAGGAGCCCCCACGCACCACCCUUGCUCUCGAGUACACUUACGGCAGGAAGAGCGGGAAGACACUGGUGAAGGACGUGGGUCACCUGUGGGAACUCGGCGGGGGGUUGCUGUUCACGUCCCUGUUGGCCACGCCGAUCACCUCGCGCAGUCUGUCGCAGCUGACCGUGGUUCUCAUGCUGGACCUCUCCCGCCCCGAGACCAUCUGGGCGGACCUUGAAAAACUUCUCGCUACCCUGCAGGAGGAGAUACAGAAGGUGGUUGCGGAGACGCCGGGUCUGAUGGAGCAGCUGGAGGAGGCGGCGGCCAAGAGGCGCGUGCCUGACCACCAGGAUCAGGACAAGAUGACUCCUUUUCCGGUGCCGCUGGUCAUCGUGGGAGGAAAGUACGAUCUUUUUCAGGAAAUGGAACCUGAGGGAAAGAAGGUCAUUUGUCGCGCGCUCAGGUUCGCAGCGCAUACACACGGGGCGUCUCUGCAGUUCUUCUCCGCGCGCGACCCCGGACUCAUAAAGAAGGCAAAGGAACUCCUCAGCCACUUUGCUUUUGGCACCGUCGAGAGCAAAAGCGUGGCGCAGGAUUAUAACAAACCCCUAAUAAUCCCGGCGGGCAGCGACAAUCUGGGCGCCAUUUCGGGCACGAUGGACGACAACCACGCCAUGACGCUGGAUGCUUGGAGGCACACCUUCACUGCAAGGUUCCCGCAGGAACACGAGGAAAAGUCGUCAGUGUUGCCAGAAGACCCAGGACGGGACUCGAACUACAGGGAACCCGACGUCGACAACCUCCGCGCUCAGAAGAAUGAGGACCUGGAGCGUGUCCGGCGGGAGGUCGGAAGAAGCAGCGCGCGAUGGGCUGACCUCGACCUCUCGUAGCGCCCUCUUACGCUGACUGAAUCCCCCCUUAUCAAGGGCGAGUCACCUUUAUCACACCAAGCGAGGCUGGUGGGCUUCUGAACUUUCCCUUGGAUGACGCCUGGGAUCUAGUGACGCCCCUGCGAGAGCCAUGCCAUGAGUCACCGCCCUCCGCUCUGCUAAUUGUCCUUAACUCGCAAUUAGCGGCGAUGAAUUAUUGACCUCACGACCUUUUUCGAGCAGCCUAAAUGUCGUGUGAAUUCUAUUCUUAGCGUUGACAUGAGAAUAUAUUUUUUUCGACUGCUCUUUGAAGGAAUGUUGUCCAGAUGAAUAAUCAUUUGUGAAUUUAUCACUUCUUACUACAGGUUAAUCACUGAUAUAAACUGAGUGGACAUUGCACGAAAGAUUACCCAUAGGUUUCACGAAUUAAUUCCUAUUUGGUUCAUUCUCAGUAUCCACUAACGUUCUUAAGAUUUCGUGUAUUUACGAGGUAUCUACGCCUGUAGUUACGCUUUCACUUGCACAAAACACGUCCGUUUAUCUGAUGACGUGAAAGUAAUUAUGAACUAUGAAUAUACUUUGAAAUCUACUUUAAUAUCUAAUAUCAGAUGACAUUGGUUUCCAAAAGAAACAAAAUGAAAGAGGCUUCAUUUAAAGACUGUAUUGUGUGAAGUCUUAUCAUAACCUGUCACAUGAUAAGGUACUGGUAAACCACUUAUUUUUUUAUAUGUGAAAUAGGUAUGGAUUAAUGACUGAAAAAAGGAUGAAUAAGAAUGCAGAGAUAUAUUUCAGAUUAUAGAAAAAAUAAGUGAAUAAAA